GAAGAAAACCAUCAAACUGUUCCUCUUAUAUCCGAGGGUCUCUUGCCGUAGAUACAUGCCGUAAACUGUGCAUUUGCAAGAGCCUUCACCAGGGAGUCACUGACCAGAGGAGUGCAGUAUGCGCUCCAGUUUCAAUCAUAGCUUUUCCAACUCUUGAAAGAGGAUAGUUUGCAACGCCAAAUUUUCCCGGUGCGAAGAGGACAUCGCAAGACAACGGCUAGAGAUGAUUUUCCCCCGUCAAUUAUCGCAAUGUCAAAGAACAAAUCGUCAGAACCCAAAAAGAUCUUAUCGUGUAAACAUCGCAACAAGGUGGUUAGAAUUGGUUUAUCGUCAUGACGUGUAUGGAGCAUAAAAAUGUCUUUUCAAUCGUAGAAGCACAAGAAGCGCUACCCCAUGAGUACUUGAACCUUCAUAUACCCGGAGUGCUCACGACCCGAGCACAGACCUCCAAAUGUACUGUAUCGCAGUGAAUAACCAAAAGGAGUAGAGAACAAGUAGAAAAGAAAACAGCACGACGCAGCAGGAAAAGCGACAUCUAUACAAGCGCAAUCUGGUCCAACUAGCAGCCGUGUUCGUCUUGCUGCCGAUUUUGCGCUGUUACAUUUUUCGGGAUACGGAACCGCGCAGGGGAUGAGGUUUGAUGAGGCCAAGGAGAGACAUGCUAAAAUCUUGCUGCAAUACGCGAAAGUUCAUGCUGCUUCUAUCAUCCGAGUGAAGGUUUUGAGCGAACCCGAGGGAGAUCUAGUCUACACACGCAACCAAGAACUGCACUCAGCUCAGACAAGAUGGACCAAACGCUUCUCCCGCCGGCUACGCAAAACAACGACGGUAUUGGGGAUACGGUUUUGCCCGGAGGAGGAGCAACUCAGCCCUCCGGCGACCAGAUCGCGGACACAAAGCUUCCGGUCCAAAAUACGAAUGUCGAGCAAACGCAGCUUGCCCAGACGCAGUUCGGCGGAGCUGCGGGAUCUUCCGGGGACACGCCACCGGCAUCAACAACCGUGGAUCAGACGCAAUUCGGUGCGGGGAAUAAUGCCAUGGCGACUCAGUUUGCAACAGGUGCCGCUGCCACCGCGAAUGAUCAAACCCAAUUUGUCACUGGACAGCAGCAAACACAGCUGGACAACACGGUGAUGAUGGGAACUACGCAGCGGCCGCAGGAAAUGACAAGUUUGGACGGCACUCCGAAUCCCGGGGGCGGCGGAAACGUCCACUACACUUCGGAGAUGGCGGAGUGGGCCUUUGAGCCCAUGCUUUACGUGAUUACGGCUGUAGGCUGCUUCCUGUCGCUGCUGGUUCCCUUGCUGGUGGUGUCCUAUCGGAUUUCGGACGGGUACAGAGCGCGCAAAUUUGUUCCUACUUCUCAUCGGCUUUUCUACAUGAUAUCUGGCAGCAGGAGUCAGUCGUUUUUGCACAGAAUCAAUUAUUGAAAAGCCCACCACAGAUUCACCCUCUUCUUCCUGUCCCUCUGGUUCCUGCUGAUCACCUUCGCGUCUCUCCCGGUUGCCACGUGGGAAUCCGUCCGGCCGUUGUCGCAAGCGGAAAUAGGAACCGUGAUUUUCAACCCGGUCACCGCGAAGGACCAGGAUUUGUUCCUCCAGUACGUUCGGCGGGAUCUACUGUUGUUCGUGACUUGGCUGGCGGUCUUCACGGUGUGUUGCCUUUUGGUCGUCGAGUACCCCAUCCUGUCCCGAGCGAUACUGUUUGUCACCGUAUCGCUCGCUGCGUAUUUCUACGGCAUGACGGAACUCCUGCUGAACAAAUUUUCCAAUCACCCGAGAAGAACGCUGUUUCACGGACCGGGGGUGCCAAGUUGGCUAGUACCAGACGCGUUUCUGGAAUCCAAGAUUGUGCGGAGCUCGUACUGUUCAGUUUCGGAGUUUUGUCAUGCGGUUUAUGGAACAAACGGAAACGAGAAAAAGAAGUCUUAAUUUGGUGCGGUGCAGAAGGGCAUAAAAUUAGAACUGGCGUCAACCUUGCAUAAUUUGAAUAGCUGCCCCACAUCCAUAAUCACUACAGGUACGACUUCACCCGCUUUGGCUUGUGUAUCUUUUUCUUCACCUCCGGCAUCCUUUUUGGUGAUUACAACCGCGAGCGGAGCUCUGGACCGUACUCCGUUCUUUCCACUGGGGCUUUCUACGGCUACGUCUCGGAUAACGCAAGCGACAAGUGGGACGGGACGCAGUUUUCUUUUUCGGCGGAAACAAAAGUCGACACCUUCCGCUCCAUUGGAUACAGAGACGCUGGCUCCAGCUACUGCGUCGCCCCCGUACUAGAAUCGGCGGAGACGAAGAGACCGCAGUACAUGUGGGCGGUCGGGAAAAACUGUUGCUUAGCCAAGGGCGAUUUCUGGUGCACGGCGGAAAGAGGGUAUGACCUCCUCGAGUCCGAUGACGACGCGCUGGAAGCGGGGGACGCUCUACCGUCAACCAUAGCCUGGAAGGAGGCGAGCGGGAAGCAGCAGGCGGUCCGCGCGGUCGUAAGCGACGCCGAUAACAUCGCUUUCAUGAAAGCGGUAAGAGCCGCGGUAGCAGCGUACGCGUUUCCGUCGCCGCCAGACGAAGAUACAGUGAAACUGGUCAUGUGGACCAAGGUAAAUGUUUUGUUGUCAACAUAUUUUGCACAAUGCUCCACCCUGAUUUUGUAGUGCUCGUCAGAUUUCGGGUUUGUGAUGUAUACGCGAUUUUAUCGAAAACAAAACCAGAGCAACGACGACGUCAUCAGCUCAUUGAAGAGCCGGGGCGGAAAGUUCGUGCUUUUCACUCUUCUCUUCGCGCUCUUUGCCGGUUGCGUCUUUGCUCUAGCACCCGGAGCGGGCAUAACGAGGAAGGUAAAGAUAGUAGGCAGGGUGGAAAGGAAACGAACUGGAGAGCCAGCACAAAUCGGCAGGCUGAACAUGAGAAAAUAA